AUGACCGAAAGUUGUAAUAAUCCUGUAAAGAGUACCGUGAAUGUUUUAGAAACUGCUGAGAAUUCUUUAAUUCUUGAAGAGUCAACAAACAUCGAUUCUCCCACAUCAUCGUUCAUUCCCAACUCAUUAAAUAAUGAUUAUAAGGAUCCAAUCCGAAGAGUACGUCCAGAUGCUUACAGAAAAUCUAUGCAAGCAAGAAGAUGUGUGCAACACUUAAGAAAGCUGAAAUCUCAUACAAAUAUCCGUUAUUCCACUUCUGUUAUGCCUAACAAAAAGUCUCAAGUCUUAUCUACAUUUGAUAGUAAUAAUAAUAAUAAUAAUAAUAAUAAUAAUAAUAAUAAUGGUAAUAGUAAUGAUGGUGAUAGCCCCACAUCUAUAACAUGGUAUGACUUGGAUAUUUCGCAAUCUCAAAAAUCUAAAACAAGUCAUGAUAAAGUCAUCUCUUAUGCGGAUUAUUUAGCCUUACCUAUUGAAAUACGUUAUCCACUUAAUUAUGUUAGUGAUCUAUUCGAAGAUCUUCAUCCUCAAGGUAAUAUGGACAUGAAUAGUGAAAGUAAUCGUGAAGAAUAGAUAAUUUUAUUAUUGCUCUCUGUUUUGUUUCGUUUUGUUUUGUUCCUUUUGUAAAUGAUGACAGACCGAUUUUAACUGUUAAUAUAGCUCGCUUCAUUAUGCAUGGAUAGACUAAUUACAACACAAAACAUACUACAGUUUGUAUUUAU